CUGAGUUCAUGCCUUACCUCUCAUUUCACAUCCCUUUCCGCUUUGUCUACACAUUAAAUCAUGGCUCGCGGUCCGAAGAAGCAUCUGAAGCGCUUGAAUGCGCCCAAGAGUUGGAUGUUAGACAAGUUGUCGGGUGUGUUCGCGCCCCGACCCUCGACCGGUCCCCAUAAGCUCCGGGAAGGUGAACAAAAUCGUGAUNUGAAGCGCUUGAAUGCGCCCAAGAGUUGGAUGUUAGACAAGUUGUCGGGUGUGUUCGCGCCCCGACCCUCGACCGGUCCCCAUAAGCUCCGGGAGUCGCUGCCACUGGUGGUGAUGUUGAGGAACCGCUUGAAAUACGCGUUGACGCGCACAGAGGUGAACAAAAUCGUGAUGCAGAGAACCAUCAAAGUGGACGGUCGGGUCCGCACUGACAUCAACUACCCGUCCGGUUUCAUGGAUGUGGUGACCAUUGAGAAGACCGGCGACUUCUUCCGACUCCUGUACGACAUUAAGGGUCGCUUCUCUCUGCAUAAGAUCACCGGCGAAGAGGCGAAGUAUAAGUUGUGUCGCGUGAAGAAGGUGUCGACCGGACCCAAAGGCAUUCCCUUCAUUGUGACACACGAUGGCCGCACCAUCCGAUACCCGGACCCGUUGAUCAAAGUGCACGACUCGAUCCGUCUGGACAUCGCCACCGGAAAGAUCUUAGACUUCAUUAAGUUCGAGACGGGAAACCUAUGUAUGGUUACCGGUGGACACAAUUUGGGCAGAGUUGGCAUCAUCACGAGUCGGGAGAGACAUCCGGGAAGUUUCGAUAUCGUGCACGUGAAGGACUCCCAGGGGCACACGUUCGCCACCAGGUUGGCCUACAUCUUCGUGAUCGGAAAGGGAACCAAACCUUUCAUUUCGCUGCCGAAGGGAAGAGGUGUCCGAUUGACUGUCGCCGAAGAACGCGACAAACGAUUGGCGUAUAAACAGACCCAUUAGAUCCAAGAGUAUAGACAAUAAUGUAUUGAUUAAAGCCCAUAAAAAUGGAAAAUAAAUUUGUUUUUUGGAAAUAA